CUCGUGGUGAUGUCCAACUGCAAUUGCUUUUUAAUGGAAUCCUUUGCAUUACCCCAAGACGAUGUGGCCAAGUGGCUUCGGCAAGUCGUCAGAGUAUCGGUUAGUCGAUUAAAGGCGGUUGAACUGCGACAUCACCCUCUACCAGAGCAGUGCAAACUUAAUUACAAACCAUCCACCACUCUCAGCAAUCCGUUGCAAACUAUUGCAUCCGAACCAGUUAAAAUGUGCUCCCUGCUUCGUAGCAGCCAAUGGAUUCGUGAACAAGAGAAGAAGAACUUUGAACACUGUCUGCUCCUAAUUACAGAGUCACAUUUGUACAUAUCGGCAAAUUUAAAACUCUCGUGGCUUUCAAACAAAAUUCAGGAUAAAUCCACGCAACCGGAACUUACCCUUAGACAGCCCAUGAGCAACUUAGUAGACGUGGAACGCAUUACGGAUAAAAAAUAUGUGAUAAACUUUAGCGACGAGACCCAAAACAAGUGCGAGAUGUGGCAGUUGCUGUUCGAAACGCAUAACAAUUCCACGUGUUGUCUGAAUGUCAUCGGUAAAACAUGGGAGCAGCUGUUUGGCGUUCCAUUCAGCCUAUCUAAAACUUAGCAGAGCUCAACGCCAAGGAACCAACGAGAACGGAUUACCAUACAUUUCAAUUUAUUGUGCAAAGCUUAGAAUUGUUGAUCUUUAUUGACUACGUUAUUUAAUGUCACAUUAGUUUUCUUAACUUAACCUUCGUAUUUGUGAGUCGUUGGCUAGGUUUUUUUAGUUAUG